CAGAGAAGCUGUUACUAUGAAAACUAUUAUUUGGAGCUGAUUCACAAAUAUGGAGAAAAAUCCAAAUGUGAUGCCUUCAUAUGGGGAAAAGAGCUCAGGGAGAAGUACCACACUUUGUUCAAACUGCUACAAGAGAUUGAUUUCAGUGCUCCAGGUGGAGAUGGAAGUCAUACAGUUCUAGAAGUUGGCCGGAGGAUAUUUGAGAAGGUUGCAAAGGAUCUGUCCAGCACCAAUGGCCUCAGCAAUAUGGGCUCCUCUGUCCCUCUCUUGGUGGUUUCCAGUUCUUGUGGAUACCAUAAGGCUUCCUAUUUCCUUGCAGUUAUAUUUGAAACAGGGCUUGGUGUGUCUGUCGAUCGUAAAAAGGGACUGCUGUAUAGUUUGGUUGGUGCUCAGGGGAAUGAGAGACUUGCUGUGAUGAAUCUUGGCUAUAAACAUUACCAAGGCAUUAAUAAUUAUCCACUUGAUUUGGAGCUGUCGUAUGCUUAUUACAGUAAUAUUGCAAUAAAAACAUCAUUGGAUCAACACACUAUAAAAGGAGAGCAGGCAUUUGUUGAAACUAUAAGGCUGAUGGAUGAUGAACUGCUGAAAGCUCAAACAAAAGAAAAUGGUGAUGUCUUUAUGUGGUUAAAACAUGAAGCAACAAGAGGAAAUGCAGCUGCACAGCAACGAUUGGCUCAGAUGCUGUUUUGGGGCCAACAAGGAGUGGCAAAAAAUCCUGAAGCUGCAAUAGAAUGGUAUGCAAAGGGUGCAAUAGAAACAGAAGAUCCAGUGUUAAUAUAUGAUUAUGCCAUUGUGUUAUUUAAGGGCCAAGGUGUGAAAAAGAAUACAAAACUUGCUUUGGAAUUGAUGAAGAAAGCAGCAGCCAAGGGCUUGCCCCAGGCAGUGAAUGGAUUGGGAUGGUAUUACCACAAUUUUAAAAGAGACUACAGAAAAGCAGCUGAACACUGGUUAAUUGCUGAAGAACUGGGAAAUCCAGAUGCAUCGUACAACCUUGGUGUCCUUUAUUUAGAUGGGAUUUACCCUGGAGUACCUGGUAGAAAUCAAACAGUUGCUGCACGCUACUUCUAUAAAGCUGCCCAAGGAGGACAUAUAGAAGGGACUUUACGGUGUUCUCUGUACUACAUCACAGGAAAUAUGGAGGACUUCCCUCGGGAUCCAGAAAAAGCUGUGAUCUGGGCAAAACACAUUGCAGAGAAGAACGGCUACUUAGGUCACGUCAUCAGAAAAGCUCUCAAUGCUUAUCUGGAACUUUCAUGGCAUGAAGCUCUGCUGCAUUAUGUUUUAGCGGCUGAAACUGGGAUUGAAGUGUCACAGUCAAAUUUAGCACACAUCUGUGAAGAAAGACCAGACCUAGCAAGGAAAUAUCUAGCAACUGAUUGUGUUUGGAGAUACUAUAAUUUCUCUGUUUCUCAAGUCAAUGCACCAUCAUUUGCUUAUUUGAAGAUGGGCGAUUUCUACUACUAUGGUUACCAGAACCAGUCUAAAGACCUUGAGCUCUCAAUGCGGAUGUAUGCACAGGCUGCCUUAGAGGGAGAUUCACAGGGUUUCUUUAAUUUGGCCCUUGUCAUAGAAGAGGGCAACUCCAUACCUUCCUACAUUCUGGAUUACUUGGAAAUUGAUCAGGCAUUGCAUUCUAGUAAUGUGUCACUUCUUCAGGAACUUUAUUACAGGUGUUGGAAUAAUAGUAACCAAGAGUCUAUUAGUCCGUGCUCAUUAGCAUUGCUUUAUUUUCACAUAAGAGUUUUCUGGAACAGUAUUUUACAAUCCACUCUGAUCUACUUCGUGGGAACCUUUCUUUUAUCGAUUCUGGUUGCAUUUGCAGUGCAGUAUUUUCAGUCUUUAUCUGCCCAUAAUUCCCCUGGAACAAGAUCAGACCCAUCAUCAGAUGAACCUUCUUCCUCAGGGAACAGCACCGAGGAUGGUACCAGACUAGUGCAGCAAGAUGAAUCUUCUUUUUCAAACAAUUUAUUCUCCGAUAAAUACGGUGACUUUGUUUACAACAGCACAGAAGGACUUCGAAUAGUCUCCUGGAAAUCUAUGUGUAGCACAAGUCAAGAUGAGGUAGUUCAAGGACAAUUGAUCAUGGUAGUUCCUUCCAUGGGCUAUCCCAGGUGCUGCCAGCAACUCAACCUCUACUUGCUCUUCCGUGCAGAGAUAACUGUCCCUUUUCAGCCAACAGUACUGGGUAAAGGUCCAGACAGCAACAGUACUUGA